CAGCGGCGGCGGGGAGGCGGGGAGAGCGUGCGGCGUGCGCCCGGCCGCACGGCGUGACUCGCAGCGGUGCCGUGCCGGUCCCCAUGGCUGCCAUCUACUCCGGGAUUUACCUGAAGCUGAAAAGCACCAAGACUCCCUGGGAGGACAAACUCAAACUAGCCCGGUUUGCGUGGGUUUCGCACCAGUGCGUUCUCCCUAACAAAGAACAGGUAUUACUUGAUUGGGUAAGCCAUGCGUUGGUUUCAUACUACAACAAGAAACUUGAACUGGAGAAUGAAGUUGUUGAGAAACUCUGGGCGUAUCUAGACAAUGUUAUCCACAGUAAAAGGCUGCAGAAUCUCUUAAAGAGUGGGAAGACAAUUGGUCUCAGUUUUUCAAUUGCACAGGUUAUAAAUAAGAGGUUAUCAGAGGCCUGCUCUCAAAGAACACAGCAGAACAUUGGCAUGGUGCUGAGUUGCUCCAGUGGCAUCCUUUCUACUCCUUCGCUUUCCAUCAUUUACACAGCAAAGUGCGAGCUCUUGGUUGAUCUCCUCAGCAACUUGUCCAAGCUGGCAUGUCAGCAGCUGGCUUCUGAUGAUGCUGUGGGCUCCCAGUUGUUCAGUGUCCUCCAGCUUACCUUUGCUCAGUACCUCCUGAUCCAGAGGCAGCAAACUAACCCAAAUCGUGUGUUUGGGCACGUGACGAGUCACUUGCUGCAGCCAUGUCUGCUCCUGAGGCACUUGAUGACUGCAAGGAGCUGGACACAAGCAGAUGACAACCAUGUGCGUCAGCACCUAAGCAGGGAAAUCCGAAACCAGGUAGAAGCUUUGCUGCAGGCUGGAUUAUUCCAGCCUGAGCUUUUCUCAUCCUACAAAGAGGAGCUGCUGCCAGACCAGGAACUCCAGGAGAAGAAGAAAGGAGCUUUGAAAAAUCUUUUGCUACCAGUCAACACAGUGCAGACCAAGCUGGGCAGUGACUUUUGUGAACCUGCCCUCCACGGAGCUGUUGUGGCUGGUUCGGUGUCCCUGCUUUAUAAGCUCUUUCUGGACUCAUACUGUAAGGCAGAAAACCACCUUGUGUGUUUCCACAUGCUCAGCAGGCUUUUUGGCUGUCUCAGGCUCUCUGACUUGCAGCAGGGCAUGAGGGAGGAUGCGCUCUCCCCUGCGGACUGGAGCACAGAGCUGCUUGCUUUGGAACAGCUUCUGAGCUUGGUGCUUAGCCAUGAUAUCUAUAACAUUGCCAGUGACCGUAUCCGGCACAAGGAGGUGCAGUUUGGGUUUUACCGCAAGCUAGCACAGAUGUUGAUGAGGCACUCCCAAGCUUCCAUCCCUGCUUGGUUCAGGUGCCUCAAACUCUUGAUAUCAUUAAACCACCUUAUAUUAGAGCCAGACCUGGAUGACUUAGUGGCCUCAGCUUGGAUCGAUGCAAAGGUCUCCGAGCUGCGUACGAAGAAGCCCCGGGAGACUCUCAUCAGUGCCAUGUUUCAGACUUACUCCAAGCUGCGACAGUUCCCACGGCUCUUUGAGGAGGUGCUGACAGUCAUCUGCCAGCCAGCGGUUGAUGAACUGAGGCUGCCUGUCUUCUCUGCUGGCCUGACAGUAAAGCUUCGUGAGUGCCUCCUUGAACUGCCAGCCAACCAGAUUCUGGACAUUUUGUGUCUCUUCGUGGAGAAAUGCCAGACCCUUAUCAUUCCUGCUGUUGAAGGGUCAGUUGACAUGGCCUUGAAGCUGCUGUCAGUGUGCUCGGUGCUGCACGCUUUUCUGUUCAACAUGAGGAGCCUAGAUGAUAUCACUCCUUCCCCUGUAGUCCUUCGCACUCAGAGUCUGUUGGCAAAGAUGCAGAAGGGAAUCAUUCAGCCACUGAUGGAGCUGCUGCAGGCUCCUAGGAGAGAGGAGGAGAAGUCAGACCUUUGGCUAAGAAAGGCUAGUGACUCUGCUCUCCUCCUUGUUUACACUUGGGUUGAAGUAGACACUUUGUUUGGUUUUAGCUGCAGUAAGUAUGUGUCGCCAGGAACUGAAAUUGCUGGUGCUGUAACUGAACCUGACGCAAGGCACUGGGGCAUUUCAGCUCUCCUCCCUGGUGUGGAGGAGCAGUGCUGGGAGAGAGUCCUGGAACUUGCAAGUAGUUUUACCUCCACUAGUAAGUAUUGCUUAGAACUGCUGACACUUCAGAAAAUGAAGAUGAUCUUAAUGCAGACCAAAGCUGACCUGCAGGCCUUGCAGCAUGCUGCAGCUUUCAUCCUGGACUCUGGGAGAUCCAGCAUGAGCAGGGGAGAAUCUGAACCGUGGGAUGGAGAUAUCAUCGCAAUAAGUGAUCUCACCUACCCCACGGCACACUGGCACCUUGUCAUAUCCAACCUAACUAUCCUGUUGCCGUAUAUAUCCUCGAAAGAUGUAGAGUACAUUGCAGAUAUGCUUCUAGAGACAUUAGUAUUGGCCAAAGCUCAGGAAGCUGCCACAGACCAGGAGCCUUCCAUCAGCAUUGGAAAGGUAUCUCUUGGUUUGAUGCAUAGCUCCUUUCUCCCAGAAAUGAAGGUCCUGCAUUGUGCUUUUCUGACCAGCCUUAUCCAUCAGUUCGCUAGGGUGUUGCCCACUGCUGCCAAGGAUUCAGUAGAUCUGCCACUUCACCAGCUGUCUGCAAGUAACAUCCCUUGGUAUGAAGAAAUCCUGGCUGGCUGCAGACCUGUUGACCCAUUGGAAGCAUCGUUGGAAAACAAAUUGCUGAAGGAUGGGGUCAGCUUGUCUUGGAAAACACUGGAGAAGGUUGCCCAGUGUAUAGUGUUGUUAGCAAAAACCAGCCGCCCUGUCAUCCUGAAAGAAAGUCAUCUAGAGAGCUUCUUGGGUUUGCUGGAAGUUGCUUCUCUUCUGAAACUAGACAGUCUUCUUCCCUCUGAGUGUACCCGGUGUUUUCUGGUGCUGCUGUCCCUGCUAGCCAAUACCAGGGCUAGAGUCUCGUGCAGCAAGCCGUUAUUGCUGAAGUUUUUAAGCACCUGCUUCCACCUGCUGAGGUGCCUGCAAGCUGGCAGGAACGUCAACUCUGUUCUUAAGGUGUUUCAUGCCAGCGAUGUUCUUGAGGCUGUCAUGACCUCCCAGCUUACAGCCAGCAAAUUCUUCACUGAUGUCUUGGCUACUCCUGUUUGGGCACAGUAUCUCCAGGAAGUCCAGGCCUUUUUGGAGAACUUUCUUCAGAUGAUUAUUGAAAGAAGGCAAAGUGUGAGGCUCAACUUCGAAAAGUUUAUGUCUUUCCUGGAGAGCUGCAAGCCGGAUGUUGGUGCAGUCCAAAGCAAAGGCUGGAAAAAUGGGAAUCCUGCGGCUGGGCAGUUACUGCUCAUGGCAUUCACCACACUGUGUCAUGUUGUCAUACUCUACCUUCAGCAGCUGCCAGAAAAAAAGCUGCAGUCUGCAGAUGUGCUGUCUGCUCUGUUGGAGCCAGUAGUUCUGCAGAUGGUCAGAACUGUUGAGCAAGGGCUUCAGAGUAACACCCCAAACCAGCCUUUGCCUGUAGCAUUCAUACCAUCUGUCACUACUCUUCUUAAAGCAGAUCUGAGCCAGGGUUGGCAGAAGGAGCCCAGUGGGUUUUUGGAGCAACCCCGUGUUAAGCUGUACCAAGAGUUCUACUCUCAGAUUUUGAGAGAGCUGCCGUGCGCAGGGGAUAAUCUGCAGUUCCUUCAGUUUGCGUUGCAGUUCCUCACGGUCUUCUGCUCAGUGCCAGAGCUGUAUCCUGGAAAAGAAACUGCCAUCACGGUUGUUUUUGCUAUGAAAAAACUUCUCACUGGUCCUGCAAUCACAACCCAGGUGAUCCAAAGUAUGGAGAUGGAGCUGACAGAGGUGCUUAUGCAGCUGCUGGGAAACUGCUCUGCCGAGGAGUUUUAUACCAUAAUGAGGCUGGUGCUGCAGGGGCUUGAAAUGAGGAACGUUUGGCAACAGAAGGCUAAAGAAGUAUUGUCAGCUGUUACGCUAACCAAAUUGUUGCUCAGCUGCCCAUUAAGUGGAGACAAAGAGAAAGCCUUCUGGUUUGCCAGCCCACAGAUAAUCACAGCUUUAGCUAUGCAAACCAAAGAGGCCUGUCAGGACCAGUCACUGAUUCCCACCAUAGUCAUACCUAUUCUAGAGACUGUAGCAGCUCUGCUAAGGCAAGGAGAAGGGAUUCUCUUAAAUCCACACCACGUGGCAUUGGCAUUCAGCAUUCUCCUAACAGUCCCUCUGGAUCAUCUGAAGACAGAAGACUAUCGUGGUGUCUUCCUGGGAGUCCAUGAAGUGCUCUUCUCUAUUGUGCAAUGUCAUCCAAAGGUGCUGUUGAAAGCAGCACCAUCUUUUCUGAAUAGUUUCCAUCGUCUGGUUGUUUCUGUCAUGCAUGAAGGACGUCAGAAAGGAGACAGAGGCAACGCAGAUGAGUUUGAAGUUGUACUGAGGUGUGCACACUUGGUGGAACGGAUGUAUACUCAUAUUGCUGCAGAAAUGGAGGACUUCACUGUGUUUUCUGCUUUCAUUGUGGCUCAGUAUGUGACUGAAUUGCAGAAGGUGACUUUGCACCCAGCUGUGAAGAAACAUCUCACAGAAGGGAUAUAUCACAUCCUUGACCUUUGCAUUGAACGGGACAUCAAGUUCUUAAGUACAUCACUACCAGCAGGUGUGAGGGAGGUCUUUAAGGAUCUGUAUAAUGAUUACAACCACUACCACAAAGCAAGAAAACAGGGGGAGGAAAAGUACACUGCGUGAUGAGUCCUACCUGGUGCUGCUCAUCAGUUGUGAAUUGAUCUCGCAGUGCUCAGAAAAUCCUCAGUUGCCCUUUGGUUUAGCAUGACUAGUAAGAUCAAGUCUGAAGAGGGUCCUCUAAACAUGGAUUGCAUCUAUCACUAUACAGCCAGCCUUCAAAUGGGGAAGAGGGGAGUGGGGAGGGAGGAUGUGCUGGUCCUGCUGUACCUGUGCUGGCCCCCAGUGAACUUGCUGGGAGCCCUGGGGAGCUUGCUGCAGUCUGGUACCAGAUGUCAGGCUUCAGGCUUUAGCACAUCCGUGGUGCUUUUCUCUGGAAGCAAUAGUCUGGUGUAAAAGGUACUGAGGGUUAUAACUCCUGUUCUCCCUUUCAUAGUAAGCAAGAUUAAAGCACUUAAAGUGCUUAUUUUUGUAUCUGUUUUUUUAUAUUUUGUUACUGAAGAAAUCUGUGGGGUAGGUUACUGUGCAGAACUGUGCAAAUACAGUAAAACAUUUGAAAGUUUUUAUCUCUUUGCUUGAUUGGUUUUGCUCUUCAGUCUAGCCCGGGCAACCUGCUCUGACCUAUUGAAUUUCCUCCAAACUGUAUUAUCCUGUGAUCUCAUGAUAAUCAAAAAGACUGACUGCUUA